CACGCACGGAGGAGCUAUGGCUGUGCUGAGGAGGGACGAGACCACCACUCUAUAUUAAGCCCGCACCACACGUCCCCGGCGGCCGGGAAGCUCAGCGAGCCCGACCUCCCUUUGGCCUCGGCUCCGCUCUCAGAUCGUCGGAUCUCGAGGAGGUUGUCGCGUGCAGAGAGCGUCGACGAGCGGCGGAUCGGAGGUGGGCGAUGUCGACGGGCGGCGCGGACUGCUCGUCGCCGGCGCGGCGGCCGAGCCGGUACGAGUCGCAGAAGCGGCGGGACUGGCAGACCUUCACGCGGUACCUGGGCGCGCACCGCCCGCCGCUGCAGCUCCGCCGGUGCAGCGGAGCGCACGUGCUCGAGUUCCUGCGCUACCUCGACCGCUUCGGCAAGACGCGGGUGCACGCGCAGCCGUGCCCGGCCUACGGCGGCGGCGGCCGGGUGCCGGCGUCGGCGUCGGCGCCGGCGCCGGGAAGCGCGGCCGAGGCGUGCCAGUGCCCGCUGCGCCAGGCGUGGGGCAGCCUCGACGCGCUCGUGGGCCGGCUACGCGCCGCGUUCGACGAGCGCCACGGCGCCCGCGGGAGCGGGGUGGCGACCGCGCGGCCCGACAACGCCGGAGACGGCGCCAGCGCCAACCCCUUCGCCGCGCGCGCCGUCCGGCUGUACCUGCGCGACGUCCGCGACGCGCAGGCCAGGGCGCGCGGCAUCUCCUACAGCAGGAAGAAGAAGAAGCGGAACAAGCCGCAGGGCACCUGCGGCGCGGCCUCCGCCUCCGCCUCCAUGCAGGACGACGGCGGCGCGGGCGCGCUCCCUCACGCGAACAGCACGGCGUCAGUGGCUCCUGCGGUGCCGUUGCCGCCGCCGGCGUACCUCACCGGUGUGCCCUUCGAGUGCUGCGACCACGGCAGCGUCUUUGGAGGACCGACCGCCAACGGCGCGGCUGGCUUCUACCUGCCAUUGCUGUUCAACACGUUUGGCUAG